UCUCGCGUCAGGCGAAGGGCGAAUGGGGCGCCAGGAGGGGAGGAGCCUGAAAACCGUCGAACAGGAAGAAGCUCGCGGCUCUGUCAUUGCGCUCAGUCUGUCGGUCCAGGCGAGUGAGGGGAAGGAGAGUGAGGCGGGGAGGGGGGGGGAAGAGGAGAGGAGAAAGAAGUUUCUCUUCGGGGAGGGAAAGAAAGGAGGGGGAGAGGAAAAAAAGCGGGCAAUCUAAUAUAAGUAUAUACGUACAUAUAAUGUAAGAACAGGGCUAGGUAUGUGAGAGAAGCCGGUCGAAGAGAGAGAGGAAAAAAAGGGCUGCCGGUUUGGAAACAGUUAAUUGGAUUUUCUGAGGCAAAAAAGUGGUGCCGAAAGGGCGGUGACGCGACAUUUUCCCCCCUCUUUUUAUGAUAUUUUUUAUAUAUUUAAGAAGAGAACCAAGAGGGGUAGGGAGGGGGCAGUGGUGCGGCCGUCACGCUCGAUGGGGGAUUACGGGUUCGGUUUACUAGUUCAGACCAAUAAUACCAACAGUAAGGUAGCUUUUCCAGUCAGAUAUCACCAGCCUCACCACCAGCAGCAGAGCGCCGCCGGCUUCUGCAGCGCCUCCGCUUCGGCUUGGCUCUUCCCCGCUUCGGCCACCCAGACCAUGCAAGAUGACCUGCUGCUGUCAGAGAAACCCAAGCCCCAGCCCCAGCAGCAGCAACAGCUCUCUCCCAGGCUGGAUCAGGCUACCCCCGAAGUAGUCAUCCUCCCCGAGUCUCCCAAGUCCGAGGAGGAGAGCGCGGUCUCCGGCGGCGGCGGCAGCAGCAGCAAGGAGAAGCUGAGGAUGGAGUCGCCGAUCCUGUCGGGCUUUGACUACCACGACCCUCCUUCCUCGGGGCUAGGAGGAGCAGGCACCACCGGAACGCCGUCUCUCACUUCGUCAACAUCCUCCUUGACCGGUUUCAGCAACUGGUCAGCAGCGAUGACUCCACCUACCAUGAGCGAAGAUAAUUUCUUUCACCAGGGCGUCCCCGCUCCCUCCGCCAACGGCGCGAUGCUUUUCCAAAAUUUCCCCCACCAUGUCAGCCCCGGCUUCGGGGGGAGUUUCUCGCCUCAGAUGGCUCUGUCUCAGCACCACCAUCCCCACCAUCACCCGCCACCGCCUCACCACCACCACCAGCAGCAGAGGAGGUCUCCUGCCAGCCCGCAUCCAGCACCGUUCCCGCACAGAAAUGCUUUUAACCAGCUGCCUCACUUGGCCAAUAGCAUCAGUAAACCUCCUUCCCCGUGGAACAGCUACCAAAGCCCGUCGCCUUCGUCGUCUUCCUCGUCGUCUUGGAGCUCCGGUGGUGGCGUUGGUGUUUGGGGUGGAUCCCAAGGUAGGGAUCACCGCCGAGGUAUGGCUGGCGGAAUGGCAGCCCUCAACUCUAUCUCUCCAAUGAAGAAGCCUUUCCCCGGCAACCACAUCCCGGCGCAUAAGUACUCGAGAUCCAGCUCUACUUUCCAACCGAAGUCUUGGAUGGAAGACAGUAUGCUAAGGAAUGAUAAUAUUUUACCAUUUCAGGAUCGAACUAGAUUAUAUGACACUUUAAACAUGCAUUCAUUGGAGAGUUCACUGAUUGACAUCAUGAGAGCUGAACAGGACCCACUGAAAGGUCGUUUAAACUAUGCGCAUCCUGGGUCAGACAGUCCUCUUCCUAUUAAUGCAAGGACAUAUGGGAGAAGGAGAGGUCAUUCAUCCCUCUUCCCAGUUGAAGAUGGUUUCCUUGAUGAUGGACGUGGGGAUCAAACUCUUCAUAGUGGCUUAAGUUCUCCUCAUUGCUUUCCUCACCAAAAUGGUGAACGAGUAGAACGGUAUUCCCGCAAAGUAUUUGUUGGUGGUCUGCCACCUGAUAUUGAUGAAGAUGAAAUCACAGCUAGUUUUCGUCGUUUUGGUUCCCUGGUUGUUGAUUGGCCUCACAAAGCAGAGAGCAAGUCAUAUUUUCCACCGAAAGGCUAUGCAUUUCUGCUGUUUCAGGAGGAAGGUUCUGUACAAGCUUUAAUUGAUGCUUGCAUUGAAGAGGAGGGAAAGCUGUAUCUUUGUGUGUCAAGUCCAACUAUCAAGGAUAAACCAGUUCAGAUACGCCCAUGGAAUCUCAAUGACAGUGAUUUUGUAAUGGAUGGUUCUCAGCCACUUGAUCCACGGAAGACUAUUUUUGUAGGUGGUGUUCCCAGACCUCUUAGAGCUGUGGAGCUGGCAAUGAUCAUGGACAGGCUGUACGGUGGAGUAUGUUAUGCUGGCAUUGACACAGACCCAGAGUUGAAAUACCCAAAAGGUGCAGGCCGUGUGGCUUUCUCAAACCAACAAAGCUAUAUUGCUGCUAUCAGUGCUCGCUUUGUCCAGUUACAGCAUGGAGACAUUGAUAAACGGGUGGAAGUGAAGCCAUAUGUCCUUGAUGAUCAACUAUGUGAUGAAUGCCAGGGUACCCGCUGUGGUGGGAAAUUUGCUCCGUUUUUCUGUGCCAAUGUCACAUGUCUGCAGUAUUACUGUGAAUACUGCUGGGCUGCCAUACAUUCUCGUGCUGGGAGAGAGUUCCACAAGCCACUUGUAAAAGAAGGAGGAGACCGUCCACGCCAGGUUCCCUUCCGUUGGAACUAAAAGAAAUAUUUAAAUAUGAUUCUAGUGGCAGGAUAAGUGUGUUCUAGGGCUGCAGACACCAGACUAGCUAGGAAUAAUAAAUAAGUGCAUUCUUCUACUGCCUCAUCCCAUAUUUCAAAACACAUGUCUCUAAAUUCACUUAAAAUAGUUAAAUUAAUCUCUAGUUUCAAUGUUUUCCAUACACAUUGACUGACUUGUGAUAACACUGGAUAUGUGAUCCUUAUCUUAAUGGAAUAAUACAGAUUCAGUCAGAGUGCAUGAUUGGUAUUUCUGGAAAACACACUUGCACAGCUUGCUGCUGUACUUGAGGAAAAUGUUAUGUUAGGGAAAUUGACAACAGAGAACCAGUUUUAUAGUUGUAUAGACAUAAACUAAAAUUAAUGUGAAGUUCUACUGCAGCCCCUUCUGUAUUUUUGUUUUCAAUUAAAUUGUAUCUAAAGUAGGGGAAGAGCACAUGAGAAAAAAAGCCCAAAAACAAUAUGAAUCCCAAUGUUCUUUUUAAAACAUAAACCUAUCAGUGUGGUUUUAAAAAGUUAUUUCUGACACACUACAGGCUUCACUAACAAAUAUGCGGGGUAAAUGCUUUUGGUGCUUUUCCCAUCCCUUCUUCACCUCCCCAAAAUAAACAAUUUUAGAAAAGGGGGUUUAGAUUGCUGCUAUGGUUGAAGUGUGCACUUAUUUCAGAAAAGGAAAACCACAAUUUGAAGAUCUGCUGCCCCUAAAAGUUUACCAAAGUUGUUGAGAUUGACGCAAAUCUAAUUGUAGAGAGGCAUUUUCGUUGCUGGAAGAGAUUUUAUACCUUUAUUUUUUUGAUGUUGCUAUUUACAAAGUCCACUUGAUCUACUAAUAUAUUGUCAUGUGUCAGCUUUUGCUCUCCAUUUUGACACACAAAAGUAAUACCUCAAAUGUAGCCUUGAUUUAUAUUUUUUUAUUUUUAGUAAUGCUAUUUAAUUGCAAGAGACAAUAAGGGCCUUGCUGCUGUUUAAAUGGUAAUAUAAAAUACCAUUUCUUUUCCAGUAAAAAUGGGAAUUGGAAAAUAACAAAGAAAAAGGCUACAUUACAACACAACUACGUGUAGCACAGGCUAUGGCUUCAUCUGCCUAAGAUUUUUUAUUUUAUUUUUAUGUGGAAUAGUAUGAAUGAUUGAAUGUUUACUUGUACACCUAUUUUGCAUGCACUAUAUAUUCAUACAUUUCCCCACUAUCCACAGUACUUAUAUUCUGCCUAUAAGUUUUGUUUAGAAAAAUUUACAUUUUCAAAAUGUAAAUGGCAUAAAAAAAAGGAAACACUGAAAUUCAUUUGAGAGUGCCAAUGUGCAUGUUUCUGUGUUACUGUAGGUUAGCAUGUGGUGUCACAACACUAUAAGUGUAAACUAUGCAGGUUGGCUUUAAGUGGUACUGCCUUGCAGUGGCGAUGUAGGUGCUGGACUGCAUUGAAGGAAUUCAUUCCUUAUGAUUAUUGCGUGAUUCAGCCAAAGGUGGUUAUGCUUCCGUGUGUAAUUUAAAAAAAAAUUAUAUGUGAAAAGUUAAUGCUCCUUACUCUUGCUGUUUUUUUUCUGAUACAGUUCAUAGCAUCUUCAGACUCCUGCGAACCAAAGACUGGAUUAUUCACUGCUAACUGCUGACUUGUGACCCACAAGUAACAUAAUGAUAAUGGGCAGUGUAACUAUUCCUUUGGAGUAAUAGGCUUUAAAGAAUUAAACCUAGUCAAAAUGGAGACAUUUGCUGUUAAAUGAUCAAAUUUAGCAGUUAAAUUUGAUCUAUGUUCUGCCACAGUGGUGACAAACUAACAGCAGCAGAGAGUUGUGAGGGUGCUUACCUUAGCUCGUCAGGGAUUUGCUGUUAAAGUAAAAAAAAAGGCGUAAUUCUUAGUGGCAAUUUUUAAGCUAUAGAAAGUGUUGGUUAUCAUCCUUCCUAGGUGAACUGGUGUGCUUUUGUGCCAUUCAUGCCCAAUUCUAAUGUUUGUAGAUGUAGUGAAUUAACAUUUUUAAAAUUUGACACUGAAAGAUAACUUUUUUACUAGUAGUUAAAUCCCUUUUUACAUAAUCUGCCUUUGAACAUUUUGGUACGUUAUUUCUCUAACUGGCUUUUUGUUCCCUUAUUCUUUUCCUUUUAUAUACACAUACCAACAUUUGUUAUGCACUACUUUUAUAUAUCUUGAUUUUUCCAACAGUUAAUAUUUUUAAGCUCACUUUUUCACUGAUGACAUCUCUUUUUGUAAUACCUCGAUUUUUCGUAAUCUAAAGAGAUGAAUAGUUUUUCUAUGUUUAUUAUUCAAAGAUUUGCACAUAUAGUUAACUUAGUUGUGCAACAAAAAUGAGUUGAAGCAAUCAGUUUUAUUUUCACUUUUACUUUUUUUUCCUUUUGACGUUUGAAGGCAAAGUGAAAUUUAAAUAUCAUGAAUGUUAGGGAUCAGCAAUGCUAUUGAUAAAACUGCAGAUUCAGACAAAAAACAGAUGUAGAACAUAUAACCCUCCUAACUCCAGCGAAAAUAUUGUUAAUAUCUAAGAUAAUGAUACAGUAGAUAUUAGGGCCAAACUGCAAUCUCAGCCCAAACCCUGUUGUCUAAAUGUGGAUUCCAGUUUCUUCCAAUAUUACAUUGCAUUUUCAGCUAAUAUUCAAUGAAAAUAUUCAUAUAGACUUUCUUUCAGCUCCUGCAUUUGUGGUAUAGUAGCUGACCUGGCACAAUUCACAAUACAAAAUGCACACAGAAGAAUUUAGCAGUAAACUUGAACAUAUGGAUUCUUAGGUGUUUGGUGGUUUUAAAAAAAUGGAUUUACCUGUUUUUGAUGGGCAAAAACUGGUUUGAAAUGCCAUCAAGUUACCUCAGUUCUAGAUAGUGUGCAAAGUUGAAAUGAUUAAAUAAAAGCAUGCGUGUGAACAAAAGAAACAAAAUAUGUAAACUUCAAAACUUGUUUGUGUGUUGUAAAGUUGUUUACAAAGGUUAAAUUUCAUUUCUCAAUUGCCCAUAGCAUGGCAAAUAUAUCCUCAUAAACAGACCUCUGCAGAAUGCAUGAUUUUAAAUCUGAUCUUGUGGUUCAAGAAGGAAAGGAUUUUAUGAAUGCCAUUGGAAGGACUUGAUAAUUUAUUCUUUGUGUCUGGAUUUUAAGAAUUUCUUACGAAGUUACAGAAGACUUGAAUGUGGUAAAUUGUGAAAAGUUAAUGUCAUAUUGUUAUGUGCAAUACUUUUUUUCUAACUUCUGAAAAAAUUUUACAGUGUAAACCUUUAAUGCGAUUUUUUUUAAUUGCAAACAUUCAGAUUAAUAUGUUGUCCACAAUGUCAUUUUCUACUGUUAUUAUAUUCCCUUUUAUCUUACUGAUAUUUGUAAAUUCAGAAUAUGAUCUUUGUACUAAUAUAAAUAAUUGAAGUUAUUUUUAGAUAUGGACUAAAGGAAAAAUGUGCUUGUUUGCUUAUUUUUGUUACCUUACUUUUAAAAAGUAGCAAAGACUACUUUUCUCAGCAGCAUUAUAAUAAUUGGGUCAAUAUCCUGUCCAGCAUUUUAUUUUUUGGUAUUUUAAAUUGAAAUGUAUAAUUAGUUUUUUAUCAUUUUGACCAUUGAGAUUUUUUAUGUUGUAAUAUUUUUUGGAUGUGCAGCUUUUUUAAUAUUUUAAAGUGUCUAGUUUUUAUUGAAAGCUUAUGUAUUCAACACUGUAUGGCAAAUAUUCAUAAAGAAAGAAUAGUUAUUUGUGGAAGUCAGCCAUCAGUGGUGACACUCUGGCUGAAUUCCUUGUGCUUUUCACUGUGUUUGGGGAGGUUGUAGUGAUUAACAAUUUUAAAUAAAGGAAACUCAUUUUUAUUAA